CAUCAACAUUGGUAUCGUACAUAGAAGGCACAGACUCUGAUUUAGUUGAAGAUAUCAGACAAAGUUCGGCAUGGCGAAAAUCGCUAUAUUUCUUUCGAUAUGUGUCAUAAUUGCAUCGCUAUGUAAUGAUGUACACGGAAAAAGCGUGAAAAAAAGAGCGGAAGCGGAAGCAGAAGUUACCGGAACUGAUUCGGGUAUAACACUAAUGUCUUUAGAGGAAGCUGUAGAAAACUACAAUCUUGGUGGGACUGAAUUGUCUAAAAGACAGCUGCCUGGUAUACACCCGGAUGCUGUGGUGUUAUACGCACUAAUGCCGACCUGUACCAAUAUACUACUUUGGAUAUUUGACUUUACCAAAGAUUUUUAUGGAGGCGUAAUGCAGAUUAAAUAUUCAACUGACCUUGCCAAUAUGCCGCCUACCUGGACAGAUAUUAAUCAAUUCCCAGUCGAUUACUUUGGAAGUCCAUCAUGGAUCACUAAUAUUGGACCCUUUAAACCAUGCACCACAGUGCACAUCAGUGUUCAAUUAGAAAAGAAUGGCGACACAGCUUAUUUGGGUAAUUUUAGUACAUCGACUGAUUGUCCAUGUGAUUGUACAAGCUGUAUAGGCGAGCCACACUACACCACCUUCGAGAAUAUCCGGUUUGAUUUCAAUGGUCCUUGUAGUUACAUUCUGACUGACACAUGUCUACAAGCAAGUCAUUCAUUGAAAAUGAUUGUCAAACACGUGUUUGUUAAAGCCAAUGUUGAGAGUAUAGAGAGUGCGACUGUGAUUGCUGAUGGCCAUACUCUCGAUCUGUUAGAUGAUGGGUCCAUACAGGUUGACGGUGUUUUGGUUUCUGAUACUACGUUUAUAACUAAUGAUGGAAAUGUUCAAGUUCAGGUUCUUAGUCAAUACGUAAAGGCGAUUUUCUCUGUAACUGCAAAAUGGUGGAUUUUAUGGAUAAAGAAUUCACAGACUAAACGCAAUGAAAUACGUUUUGAAAUCAAAGACAACUCAGUUCUUGUUGAGAAACAAUGCGGAAUGCUUGGUCCUAAGUAUCUCGACAAAACACAACACCCGUUUUUAGGAUUCAUAAUGCCAAAUGGAGCUAUCACAAAUGACGCAACCGAGCAUGGCAACAGCUGGGUGGUGCUUGGAAGUUGUCCAUAGGAAGAUGUGCAGAAAAACUGACUGACAACGCCUCGAAUUCGUUACCCAACUUAUAUUUUAGUGUAAUUAUCAUUAGCAUAAACAUUAUUAAAUAUUGCUUGCCUUGUAGAAUUUCUUAUCGAUAUUAGAAUUUUGAACUGUUUUGAAAGAAAUGUCAAUGUGCUUGUUUUGUUAUAAUUUACUCGCUGUCAAGUUUUGUCAUCACCUGUUACUGUAUAACAAAUCAUAGAUUUGAAAUGGUUGAUUAUUUAUUCAAGUUAUACAUUAAUUAAAUUAAAUAAAUACAGUCUUGUACUUGAACUACGAACACAAUGUAUAUAAUGACUUGCAUAAAUUCAUCAGUCCGAGAUGAAUCACUUGAAAUAAUUGAACAUUUUUUAGCGAAGGCUGCAUGUGCAUUUUAGACGUUUUUGUUAUUUUCUUUUAUUAUAGAAUAAAUAGUUAUGCAUACAAAA